UGGCGCCGGGGAGGGGCGGGGCCAAGGCCCGGCCUUAAAGGGGCCGCGCCCCCGACGGGGCCGAGCGGGAGCGGCGGCAGCGGCGGGGACCAUGGCUGAGACCAUCCUGGUGACGGGCGGCGCCGGUUACAUCGGCAGCCACUGCGUGCUGGAGCUGCUGCAGGCGGGCUACGUGCCCGUGGUCAUCGACAACUUCCACAACGCCAUCCGAGGCUCGGAGGAGCUGCCCGAGAGCCUCCGGCGGGUGCAGGAGAUCGCGCAGCGGCCCCUGCUCUUCCAGGAGCUCGACAUCACCGACGAGGCCGCGCUCCAGGAGCUCUUCAGGAAGCACCGUUUCUCGGCCGUGAUGCACUUUGCGGGGCUCAAGGCCGUGGGAGAGUCGGUGCAGAAGCCUCUGGAAUAUUACAGAGUGAACCUCACCGGGACCAUCCGGCUGCUGGAGACCAUGAAGGCCCACGGCGUGAGGAACAUCGUGUUCAGCAGCUCCGCCACCGUCUACGGGGACCCCAAGUACCUCCCCCUGGACGAGAAGCACCCGGUCGGGGGCUGCACCAACCCCUACGGCAAAUCCAAGUUCUUCAUCGAGGAGAUGAUCCGGGAUCUGUGCAGGGCAGAGAGGGACUGGAACGCCGUCCUCCUGCGCUACUUCAACCCCAUCGGCGCCCACGAGUCGGGGAUGAUCGGGGAGGAUCCUCAGGGCAUCCCCAACAACCUCAUGCCCUACGUGGCUCAGGUGGCAGUGGGACGCCGGGAAUUCCUGAGCGUCUUUGGGAACGACUACAAGACGGACGAUGGAACGGGAGUCAGGGAUUACAUCCACGUCGUGGAUCUGGCCAAGGGCCACAUCGCUGCGCUGAAGAAGCUCAAGGAGAACUGUGGCUGCAAGAUCUACAACCUGGGCACAGGCACCGGUUACUCCGUGCUGCAGAUGGUCCGGGCCAUGGAGAAAGCCUCGGGGAGGGAGAUCAAGUACCGGAUCACGGCCCGGCGGGAGGGGGACGUGGCUUCCUGCUAUGCUGACCCCGCCCUGGCUGAGCGGGAGCUGGGCUGGAAAGCCGCCUUCGGCCUGGACAAGAUGUGUGAGGACCUGUGGCGGUGGCAGCUGCAGAACCCCACGGGCUUCAGCAAGAACUGAGCUGUGCCGAGGGCUGCUCUGAGCCAGCCCUGCCUCCUUCCCCGAGGGCUGUCACCAUCCUGGGAGGGCACCUCCAGCUCCCCCUCCUGCCUCUGGCACGGGGCAGGAAGGCUGGAGCACCCUCAGCCUCCCCCCCUCCUCAUCCUCAUCCCCAUCCCCCAGGUCUUUGCAUCUCACAGAGCAGAACCACAACGAAGGGAGACCAAGGCAGGGCCUGGUGUGGCACCACGGGCACGGAACCCCUCGUGGGAAUGCCCAGGGCUGCAGCCAGAGCUGGGGACACUGGAACUCCUGGGCCCUUCCUGUGCCCUGGGCAUCCAGCACUGGGACAUCAGAGCCCAAACCACAGCAGAGCCCCUGUUCCCUCCUGGCUCGUGGGCUCAGGGGGAGCCCAAGGCACCUCUGCCCCUGCCCUGGCACAAAGAAGGCUCCAGGACCGUCCCACAGGGACCAGUCACAUUCCAAGGUUUCCUCCACCCCCCACUUUUCCCUACCCCCAGCAUGGUUUUGGGGACCAAAUCUCAUCUCCCCCCUCUCCUGCUGAGCCGGAGCAGGCCCUGCCCAGGGCUGUGCCAGCCUGGCCUGGCUGCCCACAGCCCCCGCUGGGUGCCUGGUGUGGCCUCCUGUGGCAGCCACUCCCCAAAGCCAUUGCCAAAGGCUGCCCAGGACCAGCUCUGCCCCGUCCCACACUGCUCCUAUUUAUUCCUGGCAGCUCCCAGGGCAGGGAUGACGCAGCCGGCCCCGUGUGCUGUCGGCUGGAUGAAUAACUUAUGCUCCUAAAUUAUGAAUUGAGCUUUUGAUUUGUUUUUAAAAUAAACUUUCCUACUUUCUAA